CUGGAGCCUUCUUGGGAGGCGGGAUUAGGAGGCCAGAAGGAGAUCCCUUCCAGGGUGCUAGGCCGAGAUGGAUCUCCUCAGGGCCCAACAGCUGGCUGCAGAGCUGGAGGUGGAGAUGAUGGGCGAUAUGUGCAACAGAAUGACCAGUGCCUGCCACCGGAAGUGUGUGCCUCCUCACUACAAGGAAGCAGAGCUGUCCAAGGGCGAAUCUGUGUGCCUGGACCAAUGUGUGUCUAAGUACCUGGACAUCCAUGAGCGGAUGGGCAAAAAGUUGACAGAGUUGUCUAUGCAUGAUGAAGAGCUGAUAAAGACGGUGCAGCAGAGCUCUGGACCCUUGUGAGGUCUCAGUCAGUAUACACCCUGGGCUACAUCCCACCCCUCCCCACUUGAAUAAAAGUGCCCCCUGUUGGGUGUCAUCUGUGAAGACUGCCAGGCCUAAGCUCUCGGUAGAGAGUCUUCAAGA